UUGUUCUGUGCGCACUUAUGGACGAUGACAAACAAGGCUUUAUAUACAACUAGGUAUUUCACUUCCUCGGCAGUUGUGUUUUUUUCACCAGGCUGGACAUAUUUCACAGUUCAUCAUGAAGGCUGACUGUUUGUUAAUUAUGACAUUAAUGGCAGUGGUGGCAGCCGACUUCUACAACUCCAAGUACGACAGUUUUGAUGUCCAGCCCUUACUGGAGAAUGAUAGGAUACUACUGAGCUACACUAAAUGUUUCCUAGACCAAGGACCUUGUACUCCUGACGCCAAAGAUUUCAAAAAAAUAAUACCUGAAGCUCUAGAAACUACGUGUGGUAAAUGCAGUCCAAAGCAGAAACAAUUAAUAAAGAAAGUAAUCAAGGCUGUGAUAGCUAAACACCCUGAGGCUUGGGAACAACUCAGUGAUAAAUACGACAAGGACAAAAAGUAUAAAGACUCCUUCGACAAAUUCUUAGCCGAAAAAGAAUAAACGUAAUGUAGUUAUUGUAAAUUGUACAGGCGCCUUAUAAUUAGUGCAGGUAUUUUACUAUUGUGUAUAAUAUUUUGAUAAUGAAGCUUGAUUUUAUAAGACAGUUGUGUAUUUAUUAAAUACAUGGAUGCUUUAAUAGAUUGUAAUUCGAAUAAGAUUGCUCUAAUAAAUAAUAACGUAAUGUCAAUGAAUUGAAAUAAAGGCACAUAAUAAAA